AUGUUAAGCCCAACAGUCACAGAAAAUGAACAUUAAAGAAAAAUAGGUGAAAAACUCAUAACAAUUAUUAGAACUAUUUUAAUUACAGAAAGAGAAGUAUUAAAUGUUAUUUAUAUUUAGGUUGAAGAAUUAAAAAUCACAUUAGCAGAAAAUAUUAGAUUUGAUAUUAGUGAUGCAUUCAGAGCUAUCGAUUCAAAUAUGAAAGGAUAUAUUACUUCUUAAGAUAUUUUUAGAUUCAUGUGUAAGAAUGGAUUUAGUGUACAUUAAAAGUUUUGUGAUUUCUGGAUCUUUACAUGGAGUAAAGGAGAUGAUAAAUUAAGAUAUCAAUUAUUUCUUGAAUUUAUAGUUCCUAAAUAUGAUAGAGAUGCAGCUAUGUAAUGCAUUGUUAGAAAAUUAUAUUCAGAAACAGGGAAAUGUAUAUAUAAAUAAUUAAUUACUAAUAGACAAAUUGUCAUUUUAUUUAGAAGAGUUUGUAGCUAAAUUGAUUUAUAAAGAGAUUGAUUAUUUAAGAACUAUUGAAAUAGAUAAAAUGAAUUUAGCUUAAUUAGUAGAAUGGAAAUUCACAACAGUUUUUAAGUAUGUUGCAGGUAAUUUACCUGUUAUAGAUAAAAGAUGUUUGGAUUAAUUAUUAAAUAAAUUUGAAAUUCAAUCAUUAACUUAAUAAGAAUAUAAUAUGUUUUUAAAGAGAUUCAAUAGAAAUGAAGACAUGAUAUUAUAAAAGGAUGAAUUCAGUGAUGCUAUCUUUCCAAGUAAAGAAUUGAUCAAAGAAAUAUAACCACCAAGAGAUGGAUUUUAAGAAUAUGUUCUUAAUCAUGAUUAACAAUUAGAUUAAUUAUUGGGUAAGGAUUAAAUCAAUGAUGGUGAAGAUUUCAUUUUCAAACCAGAAGAACAUAAAAUUAAAUUAACUUCUACUUAAAAAGAUUAUAAUAUUUAAUAAGAUUUUAUAUCUAAAAAAUAAUAAUAAAAUGAUACUAUUUAAAAUUAAGAAAUAUAUGGACCUCCUAAAAUUUAACCUACUUAAAAUAAAGCAUUACUUAUGAGUUUUAAACCUGUAUAAAUAUAAUAACCUUAAUAAUAAUAAUAAUUUUAUUAGAACUCUAUUGAUCAAAGCAUUAAAGCCUCAACUCCAAUCUAAAUGAAAUCUAAACAUUAUUAAAGUCCCAAUGAAUAACCUUCAUAAAAUCAAUAAUAAGAUUUACUCCAAUAAUUUGAAAGAAAAUAAAAUGCUUCUUAAAUGGCAUUUAGUCAAGAUAAUUUAUCUGGUUACAAUAACUAUUAUUAUAAUCAAAAUUCUAAUUUAGAAUAAUCCUAACAUGUUUAAUAUAAUUAAUAUGUUAAUUAACCAACAAAUGCUUAAUAUAUUUUAUCAAGAUAAUGA